AAUGUGGAUAGAAGAAACUUAGAUUUUUAGAUUAAAAUCUUUUUCAAACACAAAGUUAAUCUCGUUACUUCAAUUGAACGUGAUUAAAUAACUAUACAAUGGAAAGAUAAAAGAUACAAGCACAAUUGCUAAUUAAUGGAUAACAAGAUAAGGGGACUACAGCAGCCGUCCUGACAAUUGAAAUUAGUUAAGUCUCUUUAAUUAAUGAAACUAUUAUUAUUUUAAAAUAUUUAUUAAACUAUUAUACUCUACCUUAAACUUCAAAUACUUCAAGACUCUCUAGACUCUCAUAAUUUGGUUUCUUUGGAUUCUCUGGUUUCUUUAGCUUAAAAAAUUUCAGCUUUUGGCUUCUUUGGAUUUCGGCUUCAGCCUCCCUCCACGGCCACUGUAGUACUCAACUGGAUUUUGCAUUUUUGCUUCUUCCUUUCGGCUUUUUCUGAUUAUUUGGUUUCCUUACACCUUCAGGGUGCUUACUUUUAGGUGGAAAAAAAAUUCUCAUUUUCUUUAAUUUUUGUUUUAGUCCUAGUGGGCUUAAUCCUUUGUUUAAGAUAGCAUUUGAAAGUUUAAAAAGUACUAUUGCUACCUCCUCUCAACAGAAUCUCCGUGAUCCUCUCCAACCGGCAACAACAAUGUGUGUAUAUAUAUAUAUAUAUAUAUAUAUAUAACUUUUGUUUUUACCACAUGACCUCUACAGAUGGAGGGAAUGAGCGGGAAAAAGGGGCAAUCGGCUGCUGUAGAGUUAAAGAGAGAGAUAUCUCCGACGCCGAGAGAGGUGGCGGUACUUAUGAGUACGAUCUUCCUGGGUAGUCUGGGGAUCGUACGCUUGGUAAAUAUUUUGGAUUCGAGAGGGCUCUCCUUCAUAGCAGAUCUCCUUCACUUAUUGGGAGUCGUUAAGCUUGGGUUCAACCUCGGGGAGAUAGUGCUUACUAAAGGACAAUCGGUGACAUUUCUGGGUUAUACAUCUCCGGCUUAUAAUAAUUUAUGGUGCGCUUUUGUUGCCAUCCUAUCAGAAAUUGUGAAUGGUUUGAUUCUUGCAGAUUUUUGCUACUACUACCUGACCCUCGAUUUUGAUCAAGAACAUGACAUGCAUCUCCCAUUAGAUCUGGUGUGGGCUUGGGAUGCUUCAAAAAGUUUUGAAAGAAAGUCGAGAUCUCAAGUUAUGAACGUCUCACAAAUUUGGAUGUAAUUUUUUUUAAUGUGUAUUCAAUAUCCAUUAGAAAUUGACUGAUCGGUGACAUAGAUCCGGUUGCUGUAGUCAUCAAGUUGAGGAAGCUAUUAUCUGUUGGACUGGCAAAAGAGACUGAGAAGAAGGGAAGAUCCUAUUCAGAAACGCAUGCCAUUUGCACACGUUUGUUUUGCACGUUCAGAACUAGCAAGACCAACUAAAGUGUAGUUUUGCACAUAAGAAAACUAAAGUGAGAAGUUUUCUUUUGCUCCAUGGUAAUUGUAAAAAUAGCAUGUGAGCGACGGGAAAAUAGUACCAAAAACAUGUAGCACAACAUUAUAAACUAUAUUUUUAAAAAUUUUAAUUUUAUUAUUGCCUUAUUUUUAAAAUUUUAAUACUACUUUUUGCCA